AUGAAGAAUGCAACACUUCCAAUUCACGCUAAAUUCGGCCCUGUGAUAAAUGAGUUCGUGUUGAGUACAUUCUUAACAGAUCAAUGUCAGAGAAUACCAGAAGAUGUUGUCGAGGCUUAUUUUGAAGAUUACUCAACGAUAUCCACCAGCCAAAUACUGAUGCUGUUGUAUAUCUUGACAUUUAAUGACUAUAUUAUUGCUUUUCGAACAGAACCCAAGUUGAUGUCAAUGAACAAUGUCAAAGAACAAAAAGCUUACUCUGUGGAUUUAUUCGACCGUAUUCCUAUUCGCUUCAUCCUGAAUCAUGUCGAAUUAUAUCAGAGUGGAAAUGCGUACAAAUCUAUAUGCUCAGAUAUGCUAGCACUAUCAGCAAACUUGUAUCCAGAGCUGUUUGAUAUUCAGAGCUUCCUGAUGCAAGAAGGAAGGGAUUCGACAGUGGACUCAUUAUGGCAGAUAAAGACAGUUUAUAGAGAUUGGAAAAAGAAUUUGACGACAACAGAAUUAGAGCAACUGUUGGGUCAAUGGGAGACAAAUGUGUCAACAGUAGUAGACGAGACAAUUGCUACUGUCCAUGUUCAGGAUCAUGCUUUGUGCAUGUUGUCUACAUUGGUGCCGCCCUGCUUAGGUGGAAAGCUAGAUACUCGAAUUGCAGAAGCAUUGAGAUCAACGUGGGAGACAUACAAUAGAAUCAUUCCUCAUACAUUAUGGACAAUGACCAUCAACUUACUGACAUCAGGAACCUACACAAUGAACGACUUGAUCCAAGAUCCACAUAUAGCUUUCAAAAGCGACCCACGCAUCUUCAGAUCAGAGCAACUGCUGCCUAUUUGGCUGCAUGUAUUAUCUUGUUUGCGAACUACAUCAAAGCACCGCAUCUGGAAAAGAUAUCAUACCAAAUUUCCUAAUGCCAGUAAUCAAUUCAACUCUCGAAAUGUUCUUGCCUUGACAAAUGCCCAAGAUACCGUAAUGCUCCAAUUACUGCUUGAGCUUUGUUUGGUUCAGCCACAUGACAAAUACAACACUCAUGCUCUCGAGAAAUCAAGGAAAUCAAUAUGCGAAUUUAUACACUCUAUAUUUAUAGAUGAUCGUGAAUCCAUCUUGAUCAAAAUCCUACACUUCCAGACCUACUCUACAGACCUCAUCCCCAUGGUUGUAGAACUGAUACCCUCCAUCUAUACAGUUUUCAAUUUCGUUUCCGAGUUGACAAGGCAGCCUCAAGUAGAGAAGCAAGUAUUUGGUAUUUUGAUAGCGUGCCAUUUAUGCGAAAAAUACCCUCUUGAGCCUUACUUGAUAACAGCAGAAAAGCACAUACUUCCUCGCUUAUUGAGAAUUGCAUUCCCUGUUACUCGAGAAGGUCAGCCGUCAAAUGCAUGUGUUCCAUCAGAAUUUCUAGUCAAAGCGAUACCAGGCUUUGUGCAUCUUGCUCGAGCAUUUCCCCAUUUUGGGCCACAGAUAUUGCGAGCUUUUGAAGGUGAAUGA